UGUUUUUCACCUUUCCCCGUUGGAGGGAGCGCCCGCCUCGAAACGCUCUGUUGGAGAGAGAGGGCGCGAGCGAUGCAGAAAUAAUAAAAAGGGAAGGGAAAAUUUUGAAAGGGAAGGAAUUUUUCCUCCCUCAGAUCUUAGGCCUAUUUUCCAGGAACGAGAGAAGGCUGUCUUUUUUCAUCAUUCCGGAUCUCUCUCUCUCUGUUUCUCUCUCGCGCGUUCGCUCUGCGUUGCCUGUUCGUCUUCCUCUGUGCCCGCUCUUCUUCGCGGCUGGAGGUUCUGUGUAAAGCCUUGAUGAUGCAUCUUUAAAUGUAGACUUGAAGGACUUGGCGGAAAGGGAUUGAAAUAUGCAAGCACCACGGAAUAGAUCAUCUAAACAGCCUCUAUGGAUUAUUGUCUUAGUUACUAUGGUGUGUGUCUCCCUGAUAGGUGCUUAUAUUUAUCCUCCUCGCCGCUACGCAGCUUGUUACUUCUUCGCCUCAACCGUGUGCCAUCCUUUUGGGCAAAAUGUUCAGCCCGUUCGUAAGAGAGUUUAUACUGAUGAGGAGAUUGCAUCUCGUACUGUCAUUAAUGAUAUACUUAAGAUGCCUCAAGUUCAAUCCAAGAAUCCCAAAGUUGCCUUCAUGUUUUUGACGCCGGGUUCACUACCUUUUGAAAAACUUUGGGAGAAAUUCUUUCUUGGCCAUGAAGACAGGUACUCAAUCUAUGUGCAUGCAUCUAAGAGAAAACCCGAGCAUCAGAGUUCCUUGUUUAUGGAACGAGAAAUUCGAAGUGACAAGGUUGACUGGGGCCAAAUUUCAAUGGUUGAUGCAGAAAGGAGGCUUCUAGCAAGUGCCCUUCAAGAUCCUGACAACCAACAUUUUGUUUUGCUUUCUGAUAGCUGUGUGCCACUGCAUAACUUUGACUACAUAUAUAGGUACCUUAUUCACACAAACAUCAGUUUUAUUGACUGCUUUGAUGAUCCUGGUCCACAUGGAACAGGAAGGUAUUCAACUCAUAUGGGACCAGAAAUUGAAAAGGAGGAUUGGAGGAAGGGUGCACAGUGGUUUACAAUGAAGAGACAGCAUGCACUGAUAGUCAUAGCUGACAACCUGUACUAUUCAAAAUUCAAGCAAUUUUGCAUGCCUGGUGUUGAUGGCCAUAAUUGCUAUGCCGAUGAGCAUUAUUUGCCAACAUUUUUCCAUUUGGUGGACCCUGGUGGAAUAUCAAAUUGGUCUGUGACACAUGUUGACUGGUCUGAAGGUAAAUGGCAUCCCAAAAUGUACAGGGCACAGGAUGUUAAUUAUGAGCUGCUGAAGAAUAUCACGGUAUUAUUUGUCUUUAUGCAUAACUUUUCCCGUAAUGUUAUUUGCUCUCAUCUUGUUGAUGUUGACAUUUUAAUGUUGUUCUUUCUUCCACAGUCCAUUGAUGAGAGUACACAUGUUUCAAGUGAUGAGAAGAAAGUCAGAACUAAACAGCCAUGCUUAUGGAAUGGUGUGGGGCGGCCAUGUUAUUUAUUCGCAAGGAAGUUCUUUCCAGAGACAUUGGGCAAUUUACUUGAGAUUUUCUCUAAUUAUACUGAAGCUAGUUAAAUUUGGUCACUCCCAAUAUUCUUUAAACCAUUCUUGGGCUUCUGAUGCAGCUUCUAUGUUCUGCAUUUGUAAAUUGGAUUUGCCCUGAUCAUAGAAGCGACCUCGAUGCCAACCGGAAGCCCCACUGGAGUCCAGCUGCAACAUACUCACGCCACAUAUGCAGGCUACCUGAGAGGCUAAUUUUUUAGCUGUUUUGUUUUCUCCCCCAUAACAUGUUAAAAUAAGAAAUUUUGGGCAUUCAUUGGUAUGUUAUUGGAAUACUUGAUUCUUGCUAAACCAGGAUUAAUUGAAAUUGUAAAUCUCUAUUUUGUUC